AGUAGUACAAAUACAAGGGGGGGGUGGGGUAUAAGCCUGCUCUCGAUAUAAAAACUCCAGCCUUCCGUCCCUCCAGCUUCGUCUUCAUUUCCUACCUCUGCCACUCUUUCACACUUCACACUUCCUACACCAUUGCAAGCAACGGAUCAUCAACCUACCAUUUAGCCAGUCAAUCUCCAUCCAGACGACCUAUUCAAUCUCGCCCAACACAUUCCCGUAGUUAUCUGUAUCUGUCACUUUUGUCCUCCCCAUUCAUCUUCGACAUAUACCCAGAAACCUCCUAAGGAUCCACCACCACUCGACUUGAUUUUCACACUAAUACCAUGACACAGCCGUCGAGUCCUUCGAAACGGUCAAAUGCCGUCGACGAGCCUGGAUCUGGCAACUGUUCUGUGCUAGAGGUGUCGUUCAGUAUCCUCAACUGCACCGUCGGGUCGGGAAUUUUGGCCCUGCCUUUUGCCCUCAAAGAUAGCGGAUUCGGACUGGGCCUUACGCUGUCAGUUGUGGUCAGUGUCUUGUGCUGGUUCGCAUUGUACAUCCUGAUUGUAACAGGACAGCGCAUUGGAGUGUACAAAUAUGCGGCUCUUUGUGAAGCAACCAUGGGAUCAUUCGGCGUUUAUCUGCUGAGCUCAGUUCUCUUUUUCCAGGCAGUCGGUGCCUGCAUCACAUAUAUGAUCGUCAUCGGAGAUACCAUCCCAGUCGUCCUCGAGAUUGUCGGCAUCAACGCAACAAGGCAGUGGACCAUCUUUGUGUCGUCUUUGAUCUUUAUCUUGCCACUGCUUUUUUACAGGUCAGUCGGAUCGUUGGCCAAGGCGUCGAUCGUCUCAGUCGCGACUCUGCCUCCAAUCCUGCUCGUAGUCGCCAUCCGUGGUUUCCACUACGCUCCAGAGCAUAAGCGCUCAUACGAAUUCGUCGGCGAUAAUGUGUUCCCUGCCAUCGGCGUCAUGGCCUUUGCUAUGCUUUCAACUCAGACUGCAUUUUUGAAUUUUACGACCAUGAAGCAGCCGACGCGAAAGGCAUGGGCGCAUGCGACUAUUAUUGCAGUCUUCCUCUCGUGGCUGGUCUCAUUCGCGUUUGCGAUUUUCGGGUUUAUUGCGUUCGGAGUCGAUGUCAAGGCCAAUAUCUUCAACUCUUUCCCCUUGACAGAUGGACUCAUCAACUUUGGACGUGGCCUGCUCGGGUUCUCCAUGUUCUUGACCUUUCCGCAAGCUUUCUAUCCUGCUCGCACAGCUCUCCACAGUGCCUUUGGCCAUGAAGACAACGUUAAAAUUCCUACGGACAACCAACAUCUCUAUACGACCAUCGGACUGUUCGUCCCUAUCCUUAUCUGCGGUGUAUUUGUCAAGGACCUCGGACUGCUCUACCAGCUCAUCGGAGGAUUCUGUUCUACUUUCUUGGCCUAUAUCAUUCCCGCUCUAUGCUACUUCCUUGUGUUCUGGAAGAAGAACAGUGCUCUUGGUAGCUCCUCCAGACUGAUCUCGGAGGACGAGCAUGGAGAGAGCCGGUACGACGACGAGGAGGAUUCUCAGGAGGAUGAGGAAGAGAGGCUGCUGAAGAAGGCAGCAGCGAACAGGAAGCAGCAUCAUAUGGGACAUGAAGAAGAACAGGAUGUCGCUAUAACGGGAACAGCAGUGGCAUCGUAUGGAGCUACGGACUCUUCAUCGUCAUCGGCAUCGGCAUCCUCACAGGAGGAUUUGCUGGCGACGGCGGCGCACAUGAGGCAGGGUUACACGAACAAUGGUAGUGAGAAAACGGAUCUGUGGUUGGAUAUUGGUUCGGGUGUGUUGUUGGUCUUUGGAGUAUUCGUCAUGGUCAUCUCAACGUCGCUCACUCUCAAGAAAAUGCUGGGUGCUGUGUGACAAACGCUGCUCUCCUGUAGAUUGUCCCUUGUACAAUAUAAUAUACAAUAAGUCGACUAUGGUAAUAACGCAGC